AAUACAUCGGGUUUGAUGUCCCAAAAAUAAAAUUUUAAAAAAUGGUAGCAGCGGGAAGCAUGAGUAAAAAAUUUACUCAUUAAAAAGAAGAGUGUCUGGUGAUUUUGUAUAAUGAAUAAUUAAAACCAGCACGCUGGAUAUUGAGGAUAUGAUAUCAGCCUGUGAAACACAGGAGUUUGUACCUUUUGGGAGGAGAUACAUUGAAAAUCAUCCAGGAAUAUUUCAAAUACAAGUACAGAACCAUGUUAGCACAGAGCAAGGGAUACCUUUGGUCAAAUCCUUUAGAGAUAUAUCCAUCACAGAUCCUAAAAAACCAAAAGAACAUUGGAUGUUCAAAAAGCAGUGUAAAGAUUUCUCCAAGGAGAAUGAACAUUGUGAUGAAGAACUGUAUGUAAGUGGAAACACUGUUAUUUGGAGUCAUGGAGGACAAAGUGGAAUACAGCAGGUUCUCAAAACCUUUACCAUGGAUACACCCGUUUUACAGGCCUUAUGGUUUGAUUUUAUUUUGCCUAACACAGAGAUUGUUCCAGACCCACCUAGUUCACUGGACAUUGAGGGCGAUCUUCAGACAGGAAUCUGUGUGGUAGAAUUAGGCUGUGUUAGUUGUUACUGCCAGUCUGGAAAAGAAUAUUCCAUGGCAUUACCAUUUCAGAUUGCAAGUGUUUGGAAAAUGAAGAAUGGUCUUCUAUUUGAGAGAGCAGUAUCCAUGGCAGAAUCAAGUAACAGUAAAAGAAAUUUCCCAAAUCAAACCACAGUAUUUAGUAUGUUACACUGUUUGGAUGAAGUUUCACCAGUGAUAACGAGAACAAACACAAGCAGUGGAUUGAAAGUCUCAUAUAUGACAGAUACCUCACAACAUAUUGUAUAUACAAGUGUCGAGCCAUCUUUAGCUCUGAUAUAUGACUCACAACUAGGAGUACAUUCAGCUUGGAGAAUUCAGAGAGCAAAGAUAGAUGACUGUAGCUUGGUUUGUGGGACUAUGGAUAACAGUCUGUAUCACCCUGCUCCUGGAACACCCCUCAACAACCAGUCCAGUUGUAGUUCUCGCUACUUUGGAAACCUGUCAUCUCAAUCUCCUAGUGUAUCUCCACUUCGAAACUUCUCAGGAAGGAUAAGCUCACCAGGUUGUCUUUAUCUUCCCCAACCUAUCAGUCCAAUGAUUUCCAGCAUUGCAGCAUCUAGAUCUCAGUCCCCCGCAGUAACAAGUGGUUCUCUUCACCGUUUCCAUACACCAUCUCCAAACCUCGGUAGACACUCGGGAAACUACUUUAGAACUCCACCUGUCUGCUCCAGUAACGUGUCCCUCAUCAACGAGAGCUUCACAGAAUGGGUAGAACCUUUAAGGCCUGAAGUAUGCUUGGAGCACCUGUGGACAGAACCUGCGCCAGCAAUCAGAGAUGGAUCUCUGGGAAAAUCGGCAAAAGUUUUCCAGAUGAGGGACUUGUGUGGACAACAGUACUUAUGUUACCUGAUAACAUAUAGACAACAACUAAGGUGUGUAAAAUUUGAGGAGAGCAACGAUUUGAGUCAGUUAAUAUUUGGAUCUGUAUCAAUCAUUCCAGCCAAAGAUGCCUUGCCAAUAGAGAGUUUGAAUCUGCUGGUGGUACUUGAUCCCAAUGGAGUGUUGUUUAUUUACAGUGGAGUAACUAAGUUAAACCGACUACAUGUUUCAACACUCCCCCUUGGGUCUGGCUCUUUGAGUAUGCUGAAGCCUGUGACACCCAUGAGUAGCCCUCAGAGGGGAGGCAUCUUUACAUCCAGUAGACCUCCUAGUGCCAUGGAUCAAGCUGGCUUUGAUGAGGAAAUUACUAGACUUUCCCCUGUUCAAACCGAUUUAGAAGAUUCCUCACACUUUGACGAGUUUCAAGCUCAUUCUAGCUACAUACAAGGUCUAAGAGACAAUGUUGGUAAAAGAUUCACUAUCGAACUCAUUAAUGGCAGUAUGGUUCGGGCAGUGAUGCCAAAAGCUUCACUAUCACCUGGCAUUGAAAAGAGUUUACAAUCCCUAAGACAUAUGUUGCCAAAAGAUAUCGCCAUUAGUGUGCUUGGUAAAUGGUACACCACCAGGAAUGCCCCAGGAGGACUAGGAAACCAGUCAGAGUGGACUCUGUUCACAAAAACUUUGUUUGGACUAAUGGGAUAUGACACCUCUAGACUAGCUUUGACCAGUCAGGAGGAUCUAGACAUCUCAGCCUCGCCUGCUAUUGUUGCCAAGAAACCAAAGCAGUCGGACCAGGGGUCAGAAGUUGAUUGGGAAGCACUGAUUGGUUCCGACCAUCACAAGUUCAUCAAAUCGUCUAUUGAGUGCUGUUUUGGAUUAGACUGCUCCAGCACGUCUGUGCCGUCCUCCAAGCACUCCUUCCCAUCAUCACUCAACACCAGUUCUCUGCUGUUUGUACACAUACCAGCCGUGUUUGCAGCAUUACAUCUCACAUUUGAGGAGUUGCUGUUAAGUACAACUCUAGUAGAAGAGGUUGAAAAUCUGGUGCCUAGCCUUUAUCAACUAGCAGUAGAUUUAAGGAAAACAAAUUAUGCAGAUUACUACAGUAGAAAGUUUCCAUCUUUAUAUGAUAGCUGUAGUGAUGAGCCAAGUCAAAUCACAGAAGAGCAUCUGAUCAAGCUGCAGUAUCCAGGGAUGGUGUUUGACCAGGUGGUGUCGGUGGAUCACUGGGUUAAUGCAGCCUUAAAAGAACAAGAAUGUUUCCCAUUUCCAUACAUUCCUGGUGUUUGUAAUCUCACAAAGAGCAUUAUUUCAUUGUAUGCUGUACUAGUCAAGCAGAACAUGACAACAGAGCAAGCUGUGGAUCGCUGUUUAAGAAGAUUGGCACCUGCAGGUCACAGGGGUCCAAUUACAGAUUUGUCUCUGUCCAGAAGCUUCUCUGUGACUGUUCCAACUACCAGUGUACAGGAAAGAAUGGUUUUAUUCAUGACAGAUUUGGGUAUGACUUUGGAAGAAUUGGAAUGUUUACCAGUAGGUUUAUCAUUACCCUUUAGAGAAGCCAUUUUUCACUGCAGAUAUAACCCACCAUCAGAUUGGCCUGAAGAGCCCUAUGUUCUAAUAGGACGCCAGGAUUUAGCAAAACUUUUGUCCAUGGGCAAAAAAAAGAAUGUUUGUCCUCCAGGUAUAUAUACCUCCAAACCCUACACAGGGACGGAAGGCACGCAGUAUGAGGAGGAUGGCAUGGAACAUCUAGAUCAAGAGCUGCUGAGAUUGAGAUUUUCUGAAGAUCUGAGAGUGUCAGAAGCACGGCGUCUCCUUCAGUCCUCCCGUCCAGCCAGAAUAGCUCUCACUCAAAGGCCAGAGGUCAGUGAUCAUGAUUUCAUUGAAGAACAAGAGCGCCAUUUAUACAACAUUUGCAUCAGAACUAUGGCCCUCCCAGUUGGAAGAGGAAUGUUUACAUUGUGUACCUAUCAUCCUCUCCCCACGGAGCCACUGCCCAUUCCCAAGCUCUGUCUACAGGGAAGGGCACCACCAAGAAAUGCUACGGUUGAUUUAACACACAUAGAUACCCCUGCCAACAUGAGUUCAUGGCCACAGUUUCACAAUGGAGUAGCUGCUGGACUAAGAAUGGCAGACUUUUCUCAUAUUGACUCCACAUGGAUCUUGUACAACAAGCCUAAAGGAAAUGAGCUCACUAAUGAAUAUGCUGGGUUUUUGAUGGCGCUUGGUUUGAAUGAACACCUUAUUCAUUUACAUUCUUUGAAUGUCCAUGAUUACCUCAGCAAAGGUAGUGAAAUGACUACAGUGGGAUUACUGCUUGGUCUGGCCGCAGCGAAAAGAGGAACAAUGGACUUUGCUACCACAAGGAUUCUUAGUAUUCACGUGGCAGCCUUCCUACCACCAACCUCCACUGAGCUGAAUGUUCCCCACAAUGUACAGGUGGCAGCCAUUCUGGGUGUUGGAUUAGUUUAUCAAGGCACUGCUCACAGACACACCUCAGAGGUCCUGCUUUCUGAAAUAGGCCGGCCCCCAGGACCAGAGCUAGACAACUGUACGGAUCGAGAAUCCUACUCCCUCGCUGCAGGCCUCGCAUUGGGACUGGUUAUGUUUGGAAAAGGAAAUGAAGUCAUUGGAACAUCAGACCUUGGAAUGGCAGACACCCUUUGUCACUUCAUGACCGGGGGACACAAGCGUCCGUUGAUAGGAAGCAAUAAAGAGAGAUACAAAGCACCCAGCUAUCAAAUUAAGGAGGGGGACAAUAUAAAUGUUGAUGUGACUUCACCAGGAGCCACUCUUGCUCUUGGCAUGCUUUACUUCAGAACAAACAACAGUGCUGUCAUAGAUUGGUUGAGAGUACCAGAUACACAGUUUAUGUUGGACCAAGUUCGACCGGAUUUCCUCAUGCUUAGGACAAUAUCAAGAGGAUUGGUUUCAUGGGAUUUUGUUGUUCCAAGCUUUGAAUGGAUUAAAUCUAUGAUUCCGCAGAUACUGCAAGAAAAGGCUUUUGAAAGAAAACAAGGGGAGGAAGAUGAUGUAAUGAUUGAUUAUGAAACAAUGAGUCAAAGUUAUUGCAAUGUGGUGGCUGGAGGCUGUUUGGUUAUUGGACUAAAAUUUGCAGGAACAGCCAAUCAGAUGGCUUUUGGAACACUGAUGAAGAGCAUAAAGCUUGCUUUGACAAUAAUGUCCAGUCAAUCGCAUGUGGAGCAAACAGGGAGAGGUGUGCUAGAGAACUGUAUGGUCACUAUUCUCCUCUCACUAGCUAUGGUAAUGGCAGGCUCUGGGAAUCUCGAGGUCCUGCGACUUUGUCGUAUGUUGCGUGCACGAAUCGGACCACCACACAACAUCUUUGUGACCUACGGUUCUCAUAUGGCAAUCAGCAUGUCUGUUGGAUUACUUUUCCUUGGUGGUGGCAGAUAUUCCCUCAGUACAACUCCAGAAGCUAUUGGAAUAAUGUUAUGUGCAUUUUUCCCAAAGUUUCCUUUCCACAGCAAUGACAACAGAUAUCAUUUGCAAGCCUUUCGUCAUCUAUAUGUACUGGCCACUGAAGCUAGGGUGGUGCUUCCAAGAGAUGUAGAUUCGGGCGAACCCUGUUACGUUCCUCUGGAAAUCAGAUUCAAAGACACGGCAGAUUACUGUGGGGAAGUUUUCAGGACUUCAGCUCCUACACUUCUUCCUGAGUUAGAUAAAAUUGAAGAGGUUAAAAUAUUGGGACCAAGGUAUUGGCCUAUAACAUUUCAUAUUGACAAGAAUUGGAGUACCUUAAAACUGCUCCUGAAGAAAAAUGGAAUCUUGUUUGUGAAGCAGAGAGCUGGGUACUUGUCAUAUGUAUUGGAUCCAAAGAUUUGUUUGCCAAAGUUGCCAAAAACUUAUAUGAAGGGAUACAGAAGUGUAUUAGCGAAAUCACUGACAAGUGACCACUCCAGCCAUACAUCUGUUAAGCCUGAUGUCAUCAAAGCUUUUACCACUGAUCCUGUUAUAUCAUCAAUGGCAGAUUAUUUCCUGAUGGGAAAGGAUGAUUGUCAGAGAAAUAGAACUCUUCAGAAGCUGUCAUCUAUAUUGUAUUCCUGCGUCACCCAAGAAAAACCAGAAGUGAUCUCUACUCAUCUUAGACUUGAUCAGGUCCUAAACCAAUCCAACUUUUCAUUGACUCACCUGGGGAUUAGACAGCUUAAGAAUAUUCUAGCAUAUUAUAACAGCCCAUUCAACUUGGGAAAAUUAGAGAAUGUUUCCUCCACACAGCUGUUGCAAAUGGAAUUUCUUUUAGCUCUUAAGUCACAGCUAGAAGAUAGGCUGGAUAGAUGGCAAGCAGCAAAUAUGGAGGGAAUUGUGAAGUAUCUGCAGACAAAUGUUGUUGAGAGUUGUGAUCUGGUCCUGUUGUCAGCUUAUGUCACAUGGUACGACAUUCCAACACCAGAGGAAAUUUCAAAGAUAAUAGUUGAAGGUGGUCCAACCCUUCCAGUCCUAUGCUCCACUCUCCCACAUUUAUCAGUAAACACGGUGAUGCAGAUUCUCGCUGCUUGGCAGGCUGCAGUAUGAAAAUGGACUAUGUUAAAACUACGCUCAAAAAAACUGUAAAACCAUUUCUUAUGCUGGUGAUAGAAGAAAUAAAAUAUAGUAUU